AUGGUUGAUAGUUCGCCAAGAGAUAUUAAUCUUCCUGCGCCUGCAGGUGUAACCACCAUACCAUUAACAUUUAAUCCAGCGAAUGUGUUUAACCUUGUCAAUCGUAACCCAAUCAACUCGAUUGCACCUACUAUCACAAGAUUCGCACCAGGUGAUAAUGUUUUUGGUACUGGUGUUAUAGUUCCAGCCCCCACCAUUGCACCAGCUACAAUGACUGAUAUUCAAUUAACACAAUCAUUGCAGUAUUAUGUCUUGUAUAAUGGAAAUCUACCAGUUAUGGAUCCAGCCAGACCUUUAAGAUAUUUGUUUGUCGGGUCAUCCUAUAUUGUUCCAGUUGACCAUAAAACAGACAAGUCUGUGACCUACACUGUAUCUGUUCAUCAGACCAUUAGAAUGGAAAGAAUACCAACUUUGGGAUACACUGGUGAGUUGACAUUCGAUCUGUAUGAUUAUACAGUGGAUACAACCAACCCUGUACCUGUCAAUGUCUAUACUCCCAAGACACCCAAUUUACUCGUCCCCACGACCAAUGUACCUGUUGAUAGACUAUUACCACCAAUCAAAGUUAUGCGUACCGAUCUUACUCCAACUCGUGUUGGUCAUGAAUUUGAAUUGGUGUAUCCCGAUGCCCACUUUAAAUCAAUCAAAGGAAUCAAAGCACAAGAUGCCUUUGCACCUCUAUUUGUUGCAUACAGUCAAGGUGUAGCUGGAAUAUGUUUAAUUGGUGAUAUUGAUCCCAUUAAAGGAUGUACAUUGGAAAAGGCCAUUAGAUCAAGUGCACCCACCGUCACUGAACUACCUGUAACCCCUGCAUCGCCACCACCAGUACCAGUCAGUCUACCUAUUGCCUAUGGAAAACCUAGAGAGGUAGAAGUAAUGUAUUCAACAAGAAUAUUCGAGUUUAGUGGUACAGACAAUACAUUCAAGAUUCUAAAGUUUGUCAGUCUAUUCCAAGAAGAGCUUCGUAAACUACCACCUCUACUUAGUGGAUUGGCCAUAUCAUCACCCAAUCAAUUUAACAUUGCGAUUGACACUACUAUUGCUCAAUCAACAGUAACAGUCGAUGGUACAACUAUCAUUUUGAAAUCUGAUCAACUUUGUGCCGAUGAAUUAUCGUAUCUCCUUUUACUCACUGUCGUUGCAAGAGAAUCAAACAUCAAGGGUCAUGCCAGUCCAUUAGCUUAUGGAACUAGUCCACUCAACUGGUCCAAUGGUAUCCUUAUUGCCAUUUCAAAAUUAAUUUCAAAUCAAAUCACAGGCAUUGUUCCUGGUACACCACCUAGUUUAAUUGGUGGAUGUUUUACUGCAGUCGGUGCUAUUGAUUUGGUUACAUUUGCUGAUAAUGUCAAUAUUGGAUCAUUCAAAAAUACUGCUGCUGCCACUUGGUCACUAGUAAAUUCCCCUUAUCCCGAUUGGUCAUCGGAUUCAAUGUUUAAGUUAUUAUUUAAAGUCAAGACAACCGAUCAUAUUCAAUCAUUUGCUGAUUUCUAUAAUAUGAAGAGACUACCACCAUUGCCAAUCUUGUAUGAGAAAUACAUCAUUAUUCGUCCAUUUAGCGCAAAGAUGGAUACCGACGAUGAUGAACCUGCAGCUCGUCAUAUGAUGUCAUUAUUCACGAUACCCACAACAACAACAUCAGAUAUUGAAACCAACCAAAAUAUAGUAUCACCACUCCAACAACUAUUCAACUUUAUUGAUCAAGCUGCAUUUACACCAGAUGAAUUAUUACAACUUGACAACCAACAAAUCAACCUAUUAAAAGAAUCAUUGGACAAAUGGGUUGAUAUUUCAUCAGAGAAUCAAGGUAUCAAAGUAUUACUCAAAAAUCCAAUCACUCAAACAUCCAACCAAAUCAUCAAAUACCUCGAUGAAGUCAACUCUGUUCAAUAUGGAGUGUCUUCUGAACACAUUGAAUUAUGUUAUUUGGCAAUCGGUGGUGGAGGUCAACAACAACAACAAUACAAGAUUGAAAUAUGUUCACCAAUGUCAAUCGUUUGCCUCACCAACACAUUGAAACGUAUUCAAAUGACAGCAUCGACUCUUUCAAAGAACUUUGGUGACUUGACAUUUUACUAUUCACCAUUAUCAUCAGAUUAUGAUGGAUAUGUUUCUGAAAGUGGAGCAGUGGAUGGUAUCUUGAUUGCAACACUCAACUCCAAGUUAUGUGAUGCUCAAAUGACUACUCUUUCAUCGUUCCAAUCGAAUUCAUUCUCGACUCUUUGUACUCAAUCAGGACCGAUCAUCACCAGUUUAUCAACAAACAAUGGUGCAUCAAUUGGAGGAUAUCAACUAUCGGUCAAUGGAUAUAGAUUCCAAUCAAAUUUGAAUGUCACAGUUGGUGGUGCUAAAUGCUCACAAACAACAUUCCAGACAUCACAACUUGUACAAUGUGUCGUUCCACCAAACACAGGCAUCAACCACCUCGUAUCAUUCUCAUCGAAUCACAUUCAAUCCACUCCAUUCUAUUUCUCAUACAAUCAACCAAUAAUCAACAGUGUAUUAGUAUCAGAUAUAACAAGAUCAGUAUCAGAGAUAACAAUCAAUGGUGCUAACUUUGGUAAUAGUGGUAGCAAUGGUAAUGACAAUGCAUUGUACAUUUCUAUUGAUCAAUACCAAUGCUUUAAUAUUAUUCAACAUGUUGACUCCACCAUCAGAUGUAGAAUUAAAAGUAGAGUUGCUGUCAACAACUUUGUCAAUGUUUCAAUAUCCAACGACAAUAGCAAUGGUAUUAGACAGACAUCAGUAUUCCAUUUGAAUCAAAUCACAAAUACUCAAUUCAAUUAUUCCUAUGUUCCAAAUAUCGUUGCAGUAUUACCAAGUCAUGGGUUUGCUCGUGAUUUGGUGACAGUGGUUGGUGAUUCAUUUGCCAAUGGAGAUGCAUUACCAUUGUCAUACUUUAAGGAUACAAGAUCAACAGUCCUGCCACCAGGUGAUAUGGGUGAUGAUAUCUUGACCGUUCGAGUACCACAAAUAACUCGCGACUCUCAACUCUUGGUGUCAGUCGAUAAUAUUGGUAGUAAUCUCAAGUCAUUCACUUUGGAUCAACCUUUUAUUGAAUCAAUCUCACCAAGUCGUGUUAGUUCAUCAGGUGGAGUCAUUAUCAUUAAAGGAGGUGGAUGGGGUAUGUCUCGUCAAGCUAUUGACUAUGUCAAACUUGGUUCUACACCAAUCAGUUGCACUCCAUUCAACAAAUUCCUCGAAUGUAUUGUUCCACCAAGCACUGGUGAAGUUAAUACUCUCACUGUCUCUUUUAGUGGUAGAGUUACGACAUCAUACUUGUCCGAUUACGGUAUGUCGUAUUCAACACCUCGUAUCACAUCAUACACUGAAUCGUCAGGAGUACUCACAAUCAGAGGUGUCGACUUUGUCAACAGUGGAACCUCAACAUCACCUCAAAACAGUUAUUUGAAUGUUGUAUCAAAUAUGAAUCGACCAAUAUCAUAUCAACAGCUCACAUUUGUCAACAAGACAAUGAUCACAGCCACUCUCACAUCUCUCUUGCCAGGAGAAUCAGUAGAAUCGGUUCAAGUAUUAAUAUUUGGAAUGAAAUCCAAUACUUACUACCAUGCACGAUAUGGAUGUGAUGGAUGGGUUAGAAACGGUGACUACAACUAUAUCCCACUACAUUAUGGAGUUUAUCCAUUAAAAGAUUAUGGAUUCUGUGUCACUCCUUCAUGUAUUGCAUCUUAUCAAAAAUCAUCUGGUGAAGCUGGUUGUAUCAUUGUAGUUGAUAGUAAUACUGGUGUUCUUACACUAUCUUAUGAAUUUACAAUUAAUCUAAGUACAUAUGUUGAUGCUCAUAUUGAUGGUGUAUUUAAUAAUACUUUUGACACGAGAGGUUCUGAAUUUACCAAUUCAAUUAUGUAUAUUUUGUCAUACCCAACUGCUGCUUCUACUUUGGUUACUCGAAGAUUCUAUCCAUCAAUGUCAAGAAUUGAUUGCCCAUCAAAUUGUCUCAUCAAUGUAUCUUCGACUAAUGCAAGUUAUAUACCAAUUAUAAAUAAUUGGAGAGCAGACUUUACAGUCAACAAACAACCACAAUCGUUUGACAUUGGUUUCUACGACAAGAGAAUAUUUGGAGAACCAAGAUCCAUAUUCUUUGACAAUACAUUCGGUAGUGGAAGAAGUAUAUCACUUCCAUAUGGUCGUUUCCGUAUCUCAUUUGAAUGUCAAUCGUACACCAUCUCUGAUCCUACCAACUCUAUCAAUGUUGCUGUAUACUCACCUGGUAUUGUAAAUCCUACUAUUUACGCACCCCCAGGUUCCAACAUUAAUCAACAAGCGACAACAUUUGAUGUCUAUCGUAAUGGUAUAUUGAAUGCUUAUAGUGGAGGACUUAAUUCAUUGGGUCAAGCUAUUAGUUUUGAAAAUAUCUAUCAUCCAAGAGUGCCAUCUUAUUAUAUUGGAACUUCACUAUUAGUUUGUUCAAGCAUACCACCAAGUAACAUUUGGACGUGUACAGUACCACCUAAAACAAGUUCAACACCUUUAACGUUUUCAACUUAUUUAAUGGUUGGUACAACUUUGACAAAGCUAUACAAAGAGUUCCCAAUCACCUACACUAGUGUUUUAGUUGCCUCUGGCUCUGUCUUUAUGGACUAUGACAAAGACAAUACAUUCAAUAAUAUAGAUACUAAAAUGGCAGGACACACAGUUCAAAUCAAAUCAGGUAGUACUGUAUUGGCAUCACAAAAUACAGUGGCUGGUGCUAUUGGUUUCUCAUUUAGUAUGGAUUAUUUCCCAACCAAUGCUCGUAUCUACAUUUAUCCAUCGCCUGGAUAUUUCUCGUACAUUCCAUCGUUCCCAUUCUCGUCUCCCAUUGUUAAAGAUUUCCCAAUUGCUCAAUCUGAUUACAAAAAAUGUCAAGGAUUUUUAACAGCUGGUAGUGAACAAUUGAAUUUGCAAUUUGGUACAUACGAUCUAUCAAAAUUUGGAUGGUGUAAAUCACCCUCUGUAUGCGCCAACGUCAUCACCUCCCAGACUUUUGCAGACCAUUGCACACUUGUUUACAGUGGUACCAUGGUAACCAUUGAUUACAAUGCACCGGUAACACUCACCUUUUGGCAUAGUAACACGCCGGGCCAAACAUAUGGAGUGUAUGCCAAUUCGCCUCCUCCAUCGGUCACCCAAUACGUUGUUUUAGCUCGAUCCAUCAUGAAUGGUGUCUAUGUUGUGUUCAACUAUGCCGUUCCAGCCAAUGGAACUCUCAAAUUUAAUGUACCCUAUGGCACAACAAACCUUGUGAUCACCACACCCAGUAUCUUUGACCAUUUAGUUGAUGGUACCACCAUUGACUUUACAACCAGUUUAACUGUACCAUCAUACACCAAGACACUAGGAGUCUUUUCUCCAGCCACCCACUAUUACAACAGUGCAUCAGUCAACAUUCUCAGUCUUCCAUUAGGUUUCUACAACUUUACAUGGUACUCGAAACAAGGUCAAAUCAAAUCAUUCAGUGCACAUCCAUCAAUGAGUAUUUAUGUUUGGAAUAAUGCAGGUACUCUUUAUAAUGUUGCUAGAAAUGGAAAUAAUAUUCAACUUCCAGAUACACUUGCAUUGACUGUUGAAAAUAGUCCAACUGAUUUAUACAGUUUCACAGUCCCACCAGAAGGAUUACAAUUUAGAAUGCCAACUCCUUAUACCUAUGUUCCAUUCCUUUUUAUUGAAGGAUUAGAGAUUGAAUGUGAAAAUGCCUAUAUUACUUGUAAAAUUCCAUCACAUAUUGGAGGUACAACUUCAAAAGCAAAAUUGAAACAUACUGGAACGUUCUUUUAUCACACUUGGACUAUUACCUAUCAAAAGAGAUUCGAAAUUCCAUCUGCUGGAUCAAGUUAUUUGGCGGCAGGACAAUCGUUGACAUUGGGAGUAAACGAUUUGGGAGUGAUGAUCAAGUACCCUCUCAAUCCAGGAGUUGGACAACCAUACACCUACUUUUCUCUCUCCCCUACAGGCAUCAAGAUUGGUUUCCAAGCAGGCCCAACCAAUAGUCACAUCUACCAGGUACUUUCUUCUCAGUAUGACCAAUCAUUUACUGCACCUUUCUCAUUCAAGGUAGAGUCUGACUAUAACAUUGGAUUGUGGGGUACCAAAUCAGGAGCACUAUCCCGUGGUGCUUGGUAUCUUGACAAAUCUCCUCUUCCUCUCCAAUCAUCAUACUUGCAAGUUGUUCGUGACGGAGUCAUUGUUCAAAACAGCGCUGGAAGGGUAACAUGGUCUAGAUUAAAACCACUCAAUUAUUCUGGUCUUGCACGUCCACUUGGUGCUCAAAUAGACUAUCUUGAUGCACUUGACACCAACAAGAACACGUUGUUUAAAGGUCAAUUCCUAACCAAUGGUGAAAGCUACCUUAGGGUUGAUACUGACGGAGGUAUUCGUCUCUACAAUGACAACUCAUUUACAACCAAAGUUUGGGAAGCUAAAUUUACUGGUGGUCUCAUUAUUCUCACUUUAGCAGAAAAAUGGGUAUUGACUAGCACUAAUCUAUGUGCCUACGGUCAGUCAGGAAUUUUUCUGCCUGUCAUGUUGGGAUGCCUUAAUUUCUAUGGUCAAGCUCGUUACCUAUUUGUUGCCCCACCAACAUACGGAUCGUCACAAUUUUCAAUGACAGUGACCAAUUAUUUUGGAGCACUUGUUUACUCUCAAGGAUCUGCUCCAACCUCGCCAUACAAGAUGAUCCCAGGUACCUUUAUGGAGUUUGGUGAUGCACUGAUUCAUGGACAAUUCCUCACCAACGGAGUUGAGAAACUCUACAUUAAACCAAAUGGAGUGUUUAGAAGAGAAGCAUCUGGAAGUGAAACAACUCUUGCAUCUGGUGUAGUCAAUGCCAUCUAUGCUUCCAUUCCUCUUCAAUUUUCCGACCUCAUUACAGUAACUCCACCAGGUACUUAUAAAUACGUAUUCUAUCCACCACCUGGUCACAAUCUUCCCAAUGUAGAUCCCGUCACAAAACUUGUCUUUGUAACAGCUGCUGGAAGAGGUGCUGGAACCUCUAACCCUGCUGCUCAAUUUGUUAUCUAUGAUCAAAAAUAUUGGGCAAAUAUUUAA